AACCGUAAACCCUAGUGCUUUAAAUAGCAGCACACUGCUCUAGCUGUCUCUCUCCGCAAGUUGUCUAAACCCUAGUAAGUCGUCACUACUCUCUCCCAUUCGCAUAUACAUUUUCCUGCUAGGGUUUAGAUUCGGAUCAAUUCUGAUCGUCGAAUUUUUGAUCAAAUUAGACUUCCGAUCGUCAGUUAUCCGGAUAUGGAUCUUCCGGGCCUCGCUGUAAUACUGCAAGCUGCUCUCAGCCCCAAUCCGGAUGAACGUAAAGCCGCUGAGCAAAGCCUCAAUCAGUUUCAGUACACACCACAGCAUUUGGUCAGACUGUUGCAAAUUAUAGUCGAUGGCAAUUGUGACAUGGCUGUGCGGCAAGUUGGCAGUAUCCACUUCAAGAAUUUCAUUGCGAAGAAUUGGUCACCGCUUGAUCCCGAUGAGCAGCAGAAGAUAUCACAGAGUGAUAAAGACGUGGUGAGGGAUCACAUUCUAGUCUUUGUUACACAGGUUCCCCCAUUGUUAAGGGUACAGCUAGGUGAGUGCCUAAAGACAAUUAUUCAUGCUGAUUACCCUGAGCAGUGGCCACACCUUUUAGACUGGGUGAAACAUAACUUACAAGAUCAACAAGUCUAUGGAGCUUUGUUUGUUUUGCGGAUUCUCUCUAGAAAAUAUGAGUUCAAAUCUGAUGAGGAGAGGACCCCAGUUUAUCGCAUUGUUGAGGAGACAUUCCCGCCUCUACUCAAUAUAUUCAGCAGGCUUGUCCAAAUUCCUAACCCAUCACUGGAAGUGGCAGAUUUGAUCAAGCUUAUCUGCAAAAUUUUCUGGUCAUCCAUAUAUCUGGAGAUUCCAAAGCAACUAUUUGAUGCCAAUGUGUUCAAUGCUUGGAUGAUGCUUUUCUUAAACAUAUUGGAGAGACCUGUUCCCUUGGAAGGCCAACCUUCUGAUCCUGAGCUUAGAAAAGCAUGGGGGUGGUGGAAGGUGAAGAAAUGGACCGUUCACAUUUUAAAUCGGCUGUACACUCGGUUUGGAGAUUUAAAACUUCAAAACCCAGAAAACAGAGCAUUUGCUCAAAUGUUUCAGAAGAAUUAUGCUGGGAAGAUUCUGGAGUGUCACUUAAAUUUGUUGAAUGUGAUCCGAACUGGUGGCUACUUACCUGACAGAGUGAUCAAUCUCGUUCUUCAGUAUUUAAGCAAUAGUAUCUCGAAGAAUAGCAUGUAUAAUCUGCUGCAACCUCGACUUGAUGUUCUUCUUUUUGAGAUUGUUUUUCCCCUUAUGUGCUUCAACGACAAUGAUCUAAAGCUUUGGGAUGAAGACCCACAUGAAUAUGUCAGGAAGGGUUAUGAUAUCAUUGAAGACUUGUACAGUCCCAGGACAGCUUCCAUGGAUUUUGUGAGUGAGUUGGUUAGGAAACGUGGAAAGGAAAAUCUUCAUAAGUUUAUUCAGUUCAUUGUCGAAAUUUUUAAGAGGUAUGAUGAAGCGCCAGUGGAAUACAAGCCAUAUCGACAAAAAGAUGGUGCUCUUCUUGCUAUUGGAGCACUUUGUGAUAGACUGAAACAAACUGAACCCUACAAGUCUGAACUUGAGCGUAUGUUGGUGCAACAUGUAUUCCCUGAGUUUAGCAGUCCUGUUGGCCAUCUUAGAGCUAAGGCAGCCUGGGUCGCUGGACAGUAUGCCCAUAUUAACUUCUCAGACUCAAACAAUUUCCGUAAAGCAUUGCAUAGUGUUGUUGCGGGGAUGCGGGAUCCAGAACUUCCUGUUCGAGUUGACUCAGUUUUUGCAUUGCGCUCCUUUGUUGAAGCUUGCAGAGAUUUGAAUGAGAUCCGACCUAUUCUUCCUCAGCUUCUUGACGAGUUCUUCAAGCUCAUGAAUGAGGUGGAGAAUGAGGAUCUUGUCUUUACUCUGGAAACAAUAGUGGACAAGUUCGGGGAGGAAAUGGCACCUUAUGCCCUUGGUUUAUGCCAAAAUCUGGCUGCUGCAUUUUGGAGGUGUAUGAAUACAGCUGAAGCUGAUGAUGAUGCUGAUGAUCCUGGUGCUUUGGCAGCAGUUGGUUGUUUGCGUGCUAUUAGCACCAUUCUUGAAUCAGUGAGCAGGCUUCCUCACCUUUUUGUCCAAGUUGAACCAACUUUGCUUCCUAUAAUGCGCAGAAUGUUGACAACUGAUGGCCAAGAGGUUUUUGAAGAGGUUUUGGAAAUUGUGUCAUAUAUGACAUUUUUCUCUCCAACAAUAUCUUUGGAUAUGUGGAGUCUUUGGCCGUUGAUGAUGGAAGCAUUGUCAGAAUGGGCUAUUGAUUUCUUUUCAAAUAUUCUGGUUCCUUUGGAUAACUACAUUUCCAGGGGGACUGCACACUUUCUCACUUGUAAAGAACCGGACUACCAGCAAAGCCUUUGGAAUAUGAUUGCGGCUAUAAUGGCAGAUAAAAAUAUGGAAGACAGUGAUAUUGAGCCUGCUCCGAAGCUCAUUCAAGUAGUUUUUCAGAACUGCAGAGGGCAGGUUGAUCAGUGGGUUGAGCCGUAUCUUAGAAUUUCAGUUGAGCGGUUGCGUCGAGCUGAGAAAUCAUACUUGAAAUGUCUUCUCAUUCAAGUGAUUGCCGAUGCUCUGUACUAUAAUGCAGCUUUUACCCUCAGCAUACUGCAAAAGCUGGGUGUUGCAACUGAGAUCUUUAAUCUUUGGUUCCAGAUGCUGCAACAGGUUAAGAAAAGUGGUGUGCGUGCCAAUUUUAAAAGGGAGCAUGAUAAAAAAGUUUGCUGCCUGGGUUUGACAUCAUUAUUGACACUUACAGCAGAACAGUUACCUGGGGAGGCAUUGGGCCGUGUUUUCAGGGCCACCCUUGAUCUCCUGGUUGCAUACAAGGAACAAGUUGCAGAAGCCGCAAAGGAGGAAGAGGCAGAAGAUGAUGAUGAUAUGGAUGGUUUCCAAACUGAUGAUGAUGAUGAUUUUGGUGAUGGAUCGGAUAAGGAAAUGGGAGUUGAUGCUGAGGAUGGCGACGAGGCCGAUAGCAUGAAGCUUCAAAAGUUAGCUGCACAGGCAAAGUCUUUCCGCCCUAGUGAUGAAUUUGAUGAAGACUCAGAUGAUGAUUUCAGUGAUGAUGAGGAGUUACAGUCACCAAUUGAUGAGGUGGACCCCUUUAUCCUCUUUGUAGAUGCAGUAAAGGGCAUGCAAGCAUCAGAUCCGUUGAGGUUUCAGAGUCUUACGCAGACUCUAGACUUUCAUUAUCAGGCUCUUGCUAAUGGUGUUGCACAGCAUGCAGAACAGAGGAGAGCAGAGAUUGAAAAAGAAAAGAUGGAGAAGGCAUCGGCUGCCACGGCUUCAUGAUUCUGCUUUAUAUCUCAUGGUGUGGCUUCAAUUUUGCCUUGGUCUUCUUUGCUUUUUCCAUUCAUGUAGUAAUGGGAAUAUAGAGAAACAGAGUUGUUGGUGGUCCAUUCAGAGCAUUUGGUUACUCUGGUGGUCGCGUUUGUCAUUGAGCCCCAAGGAGUUUUCAUUUUGACAUACUUGGAGCAUGUCUGAUGAGUUCCACCAAUAUGCUAAAUUUGAGAUUGGGGAACUCUGGAGCUGGCACUUCAACUCUGGGUUUUGGCUUAGUCAUUGUCUGGUGAGUCAGGCCAUUCUAUGGCAGGAUACGCCUCCCUCCACCGGUUUGUGUCGUCGUUUUUCUUUUUUUGUUCACUUUUUCCUUCACAAGUCUCCUGUGAUUUAGGCACCGUUUGUUCAGGUUGAGAUUCCCUUCUACAGGAUAUUUUAUUGAUUUGGAUCCCUUACGUUUUCAUUGUGCAUACAAGCGAGGGUUCCGAGCACACCGAGUCUGUAAUAUUUCUUGCCAUUUGAUGUGGCCAUUAUAUGGGGUGAUUUGAUGGUUGUAUUGGUAUUUUUUGGUUUAGGCCCUGCAAAAUUUUCCCCCACUUUUCUUGUUUUCGUAAAUAGUCAACAAAUGUCGGUGCUAUCGAUUUAUUGGGUUGGGAGUUUUGAUAUCAAUGCAGAGAGCUUCUAAGGGUUGCUUGCUGCUUAUUGUAAUACAGUGAUGAAUAUAUUUAUUUUUACAGAUUGGUUAAUUGGAAAUGGUGGGUUUUUUCCGGACGUC